GACGUCACGUUACCCCGGAUGAACAGGCCAUUUCGAAAAGCGCUGUGGUUGAGUAGAUUCUACAAGGAGCUCGCAGCUAGCUAGCUGAAUUGAGUUUGAAACAGACUUCUACAUAUUUCCCUGGGAACCAUGAUGGGAUUUUUACGAAAAUUGCUCAUAAUUGCUUUGAUAGCUUUUCCAACAACCAAUAUUAUCAAAGGUCCGUUGGCAGCAGCGCAAGACGCAACCGAGGAUGAGGAGGUGGUAGAGGAUGUGAUUGCUGAGGAUGAAGAUGACGAGGCAGAGGCGGAGGUUGAGGAUGAUGAGAACACGGAGUUGACAGAGGAGAAAGAGGAGGAGGAGGAGGAAGACGUCUCGUCUGGGGAAGCGAAGGCCUCGCCCCAUGCUGACACCACCAUCUUGUUUGUCAAGGGAGAAGACUUCCCUGCUAACGACAUCGUGAAAUUCCUGUUGGGCUUUACCAACAAGGGCAGCGAAGACUUUGUGGUGGAGUCCCUGGACGCUUCUUUCCGCUACCCUCAGGACUUCCAGUUCUACAUCCAGAACUUCACCGCCCUGCAGCUGGGUACCGUCGUGGCACCUCAGCGCCAGGCCACCUUCGAAUACUCCUUCAUCCCCGCCGAGCCCAUGGGAGGGCGGCCCUUCGGCCUGGUCAUCAACCUCAACUAUAAAGACAGCAAUGGUAACGUGUUCCAGGAUGCAGUGUUCAACCAGACCGUGACUGUCAUCGAGCGAGAAGAUGGUCUAGAUGGGGAGACGAUCUUCUUGUACGUCUUCCUGUCUGGUUUGAGUUUGCUUGUCAUCGUAGGGCUGCAUCAACUGCUGGAAUCCAGAAAGAGACGGAGACCUGCUACCAAAGUUGAGAUGGGAACAUCAAGCCACAAUGAUGUGGACAUGAGUUGGAUCCCCCAGGAGACCCUUAACCAGAUCAUGCAGAGCCGACGAGACAAGGCCUCCCCAAGAAGAUCGCCACGCAAGAGAGCGCAGAAGCGUUCUGCCGGCGCGGACGAGUGACCCUGCCGCCCGUCUCUGCCCGUUGCGCCCGGCGUCUGAUCUGGCGGUACGGCAAAGCACGCAAGAGGAGGCCAUGUCCGUCAGAGCCUCUACUGGGAGGCAGAUACAACCACUUACUACAGCUGCACUAUGAAUCUGUUUGUGUAUUAUAGUGACUAAAGUGCAUUACUAUAAAAGAGGGAUUGCCAGUUAAGGGCCUUGAUUUUAACAUUUGUCCGGAGCAGAGGCUGGUUCUGGCAGAUUGAUUAUUCAGAUGGUUGGUCUGCUUUCCAAGGGAGCAAGGCAGGAUUGGGAUGCAGUUCUGGGCUUUUUUUUUUUUUUUUUGUUCUUUUGGAAAUAUGCCAUUGCCUUUGUUUUGUUUGCUUCUGAGAACGUGGCAUUUGGUCAUGUCUCAGAAAAGGCAGAAAUUAUGCAUUAAUUUGGUAUAAUUUUUUGCACUGGUUAGCUGUACGCAUCAGGGUAAGCACGCACCUUUGAGUGAAGUGCACUGAAGCAGUUUUCCUUUGACAUGUUUAUCUAAUAAUGUGAGAAGUGACAUGAAAUGACUUCUCUUUGUUUUGAUAUUUCAUUGUCAGGUUUUUUGAUACUUGUGUGAAGGUCACCAAUUUCUGCAUUUCCUGACUACGAAAGAACAAGGUUUCUUUUAAGUAAAGUUUUUACUGAAGUUUUCCAAAAUCUAUCUAAAUAUGAAAUUACCACGAAACAACAGAUUUAGGAGUGAAGCAGGCUUGCAUAAGAGCUCAUUGGCCUUUGCAUCGUUAUAAAAUGAAACUAAUUUACACACCUGAGAGCAAUCAAUCUGGCGUAACUCCAGGAAAUGAUGUGGGUAACGGAUUCUGUGAACCCACAGUUUGAAGGUCUACUUUUAAAAUGGUUAUCGCAGUAUAUGAUUGUAAGGGCACGGGAGGUUGAAUCAUGACAGGAAUGUUUACAGAAAUAAGCUUCACCCAAAUCAACAUGAACUAUGUACUGAUCCAUGUCAUCUGAAGAGCUGUCAGUUGAAAUGUGAAAAGGGUCAUAAUCGUCUACUGCAGUUGUGAACACGUAUUAGGUGCAGUGUGCCCUGGCUUAUUCUCAUAAGAAAUUUUAUGGUAAUGACCGCUGAAAGUAAGUGGUGUUGGAAUGACAAUUUCCCUUCUUGAAGCUAAAAAGGUUUUGCUGAAUACUGUAGACUAAACAAUGUGUUCAUUUUUGGUGCGUUUCGCAAGAUUCUAAAUUACAAUAAAGAUAAUUUUCCCAUA